AUGUCAGAUUCUCCUGUCGAUCAACAUAAAACAAAAAGAAAUUAUUUUACACCAGCAAUAUCAUCGAAAUAUGUUGGUACAUUUUUCAAUUCACCAUUGCAUAAUGAAUGGAUGUCGUCAUUGAUAUAUGAUUCGUUAGAACUUCAGCCAAAUCAUAUAUUAGUUGAUAUGGGUUGCGGUCCUGGAGUGGAUCCGUCACAAGGUAUGCUGGAUGAAUUUAGAAAAGGAUCAGAUUCAAAUCCAAAUAUCGAAGCAGUAUGCAUGGAUGCUGUUACAUUUAGUCAGUCACCUCAGUAUUCAUCAUAUGAUCGUAUUUUCAUGAAAUUGAUGAUUCAUUUGUUAACAGACGAAGAGCGAUUGAUUGCUUUUCAAGGCUUUUACAAACAACUUGCGCCCACUAAAGGUAAACUAUUGAUAAUUCGCCGUUUACAUACAGCUGAAAUUAGUCCAUUUGACGAACGUACAAAAAGUUUAUUUGGAAAUUUAAAAGUUGAAACAUUGUUUGAUGAAUUAAAACAUGUAGGUUUUAAGCAAAUUCAGCAAGAAACAUUUACGUUUGAAUAUCCUCCAAACAGUGUUAAAGCAGAAGAUUGGAUUUAUCUAAUAGAAAAUCGAUUAUGGACAGAAUUAUCAGAAAAAAAUAUAAACGAACAACAAAUGAAGGAUUUAAUUGAUCAUGUCAGAAGACAACAUGAAACCCCAAACAAUUUUCAAACCAUAGACAAAGCGACAAUAAUAAAAUGCUGUGUAGAAUAA